AUGGCGCCUAGACUCCCUCCUCCACCACAACCAAGUGAACCCGAUACGUCCAACAACACCAGGUUGUUGGAAUCGGUGAUAGAUAGGUUACAGCAACAGAACACUACCUUACUGGAGCAUAACGCUACUCUGAUGCAACAGAAUCAGAACGCCAUGCAGGGUUUGGAGGCUUCUCGAGUCAACUCUGAAACGACUCAGCGACAGUUAAUGGAAAUUCUUGCUGCAACCAGAGGUGCGCCUGGAGCGUCCUCUUCCAACGCUGCCCAACCUGCUGCCGAGUGGAGCUUGGAGAGCUUCCUCCAACACCAUCCGGCCAAAUUCAGUGGAAAAUGCCUUCCUGAUGAGGCGGACCAGUGGCUGAGAGACAUGGAACGUAUUUACAAUGCUAAGAGGUGUCCAGAUGAAAGCCGCUUGGCUUUUACAGAGUACUUACUGACUGGUGAAGCUAGCCACUGGUGGACGAGUAUGAAAGCCAUCUUAACGGACGCUCAGAAUCCCAUCACCUGGGCGGUUUUCAGAGGCAAAUUUUAUGAGGAAUACUUCCCAGACAACGUUCGUUACGCUAAGGAAGUCGAGUUUCUUCAACUAGCGCAAGGAGCAAAGUCUGUGUCGGAGUACACCAACACAUUUAAACACCUCCUGAGGUUCAACACGAUGGCCACCAGUGAGGAGUGGCAGUGCAGGAAAUUUGAGAACGGACUGCGGAGUGAUUUGAAGGUCUUGAUUUCCAGUUUGUGCAUCCGGUCGUUUCCUGCUAUGGUUGAGCGAGCCAAGGUUUUGGAGAAGAAUAUGGCAGAGGCGGAACGGCUGAAGAGGCAGCAGCAAGUGAGUAGGGGACCGAUCGUGUCCAGGGGAGGAGCUGUUCAGAGGAGACCUCCUUAUGCUCGUCCAAACCAGCCUUCUCAGACGAGCGGAUCUCAAGCAGUAGUCCCAGUCGGACAGUCUGGACAGGGAAGUGUAGUUUGUUUUCGGUGUGGAGGACCGCAUUAUAGGUCUUCAUGCCCUCUGUUGGUGGGAGUAAAGCACUGCAACCGUUGCGGAAGGAACGGGCACUUGGAUCACGAGUGCAAUAUGAGUGGGCGUGCAGUGAUGAGGCCGCCCAAUGCUGGAAGAAAUCAGCCAAGAGGAGGACGAGCCCAAGCGAGUGGGCGAGUGUAUGCUAUAACGAGCGUUGAGGCAGCGAGCUCAGAAGUGAGCGAGAUGCAGUUUGAUCUGGUGGUGUCUACCCCAGCAGCUGGCGAGGUUAGGACGUCCACUAUGUGCGUCAAGUGUCCUAUAGAAGUGGAAGGGCGUAAGUUUAAGGAAUUGAUCUUCCCUGGUGAAGAAGAAGAAGUUCUUUCAGUGACGCUCGGUCAGUUGAAAGAAGACAUUAUGGAGGGCGCCAACUGUUUUCUCAUUAUAACGCAUGAAGACGGAGAAGUUAGGAAUGCGAAUUUGGGACGAUCGUCCACUAGUGGCAGCAAUGGACGAUCGGUUGUGGAUGAGUUUGCGGACGUCUUCCCGGAAGAAAUACCUGGACUUCCCCCUCAGCGUGAAGUGGAGUUCACCAUUGAUUUGGUGACGACAGCGGCUCCUAUCUCGGUUCAGCCAUAUCGAAUGUCGCCUGCGGAGUUAGCUGAACUUAAAGAACAGAUUGAAGAGUUGAUAGAGAAGGAAUUCAUUAGGCCGAGCGUAUCACCUUGGGGAGCGCCCGUGCUGUUAGUAAGGAAGAAGGAUGGCAGCUCUCGGUUAUGUAUAGACUACAGGCAAUUAAAUAAGCUGACCAUCAAGAACAAGUACCCAUUACCAAGGAUAGAUGACCUGCUGGAUCAAUUACAUGGGGCUGCUGUGUUCUCGAAGAUUGAUUUGAGAUCCGGGUAUCAUCAAAUCAGGGUUAAGGAAGACGACAUUCAGAAGACAGCAUUCAGGUCUCGCUAUGGGCAUUAUGAAUACGUGGUGAUGCCUUUUGGAACCGAAGACGAGCAUGAAGAGCAUCUUAGACUUGUACUUGGAGUGUUGCGGGAGAAGGAGUUAUAUGCCAAGUUGUCUAAGUGUGAAUUCUGGAUGAAGGAGAUUCAGUUUUUGGGUCAUGUGGUGUCGGCUGGAGGCAUCUCGGUAGAUCCAGCGAAAGUGCGAGCGGUACUGGAAUGGGAGAGUCCGUGUUCGGUCACUGAGGUGCGUAGUUUUGUUGGACUGGCGGGCUACUACAGACGUUUCAUUGAAGGUUUUGCUAAGAUAGUGGCGCCGCUAACUCAGUUGACUCGUAAAGAUCAGCCGUUCGCUUGGACCGAUCGUUGUGAGGCCAGUUUUCAGGAGUUGAAGGUGAAAUUGACGAGCGCUCCAGUGUUAGUUAUUCCGGACACGUCUAAACCGUUCGAGGUAUAUUGCGACGCUUCUCACCAAGGUCUGGGUUGUGUUUUGAUGCAAGAGAAGCGAGUGAGGCGUUGGCUAGAGUUUUUGAAAGACUAUGAUUUCGAACUGCUGUAUCACCCCGGGAAAGCGAACGUGGUAGCAGACGCUCUAAGCAGGAAGGCAGUGCAUGUCUCGGUGAUGAUGGUGAAAGAACUCAGUUUGGUGGAAAGCUUUAGAGAUUUAAGGUUACAGUUCGAGUUGGAACCGAACAUCAUCAAAUGUUGUAACCUUAGGAUAUCCAGUAACGUGUUUGACCGUAUCAAGAUGAAGCAACGAGAGGAUGAAGAACUGGUGAAGAUUUUAAGCGCGCUCGGUACAGAUCAGGCUAGAUUUUUGAACACUGGAACGGACGACAUGUUACGUUACAUGGGUCGGACGUGCGUUCCUAAUGAUGGCGAGCUGAAGAGGAUUAUCUUGGAGGAAGGGCUAACGAAGAGCGCCCACUUCCUGGCCGUAAACUUGAAGAUGUCGAUGACCAACUUGGCUAAGUUGUAUAUCCAGGAGAUCGUUCGCUUACAUGGAGUACCUUCGAGCAUCAUUUCCGAUCGAGACACAAGGUUCACUUCACGGUUUUGGCAGUCACUUCAAAGUGAGCUCGGUAGUAAGUUGCAAAUGAGUUCAGCCUAUCACCCUCAGACGGACGGCCAGUCUGAACGGACCAUACAGACGCUGGAAGAUUUACUGAGGACGUGCGUCCUAGAUCACUUAGGCGCCUGGGAUGAGGAAGGAGAGAACGUGCUAACUGGACCUGAGCUUAUCCAACAAACGACCGAGAAAGUCAAGCAAAUCCAGGAGAGGCUGAAGACGUCUUUGAGUAGGCAGAAGUCUUACGCUGAUAAGAGGAGAAGACCGUUGGAUUUCACCGCAGGAGAUCAUGUGUUCCUUCGACUCAAUCCAGUCACUGGUGUAGGACGAGCCGUUCGUCCAAAGAAGCUGUCUCCCAAGUUCAUUGGACCAUAUCAGAUUCUAAGAAAGAUCGGACCAGUAGCGUACGAGCUUGCAUUGCCGCCUCAGUUGUCAAACCUUCACCCCGUUUUCCACGUCUCUCAACUUCGGAAGUAUAUAGCGAAUCCAUCACAUGUACUGGAGUUGGAAGACAUUCAGCUUCGUCCCGACCGAACGUUGGAACUACAUCCAGUCCGUAUAGAAGAUAGCCGCACCAAGUACUACAAAGGCAAGGACGUUCGUUUGGUGAAGAUGGUGUGGGACGCUAAGACUGGUGAUUCAACGUGGGAGGUUGAGAGCGCCAUGAAGGACUUAUACCCUAAUCUAUUUCCGGCUUCCUUAAAUGCACCGCGCCACACGUCCAGUGCAUUAAAAACGCACUUUGCACCACAUGCACGCACGCCACGUGUCACGAGAGAAGUUUCCAAUUCAGAAGUGGGUGUGCAGGUGUCAGCAGAAGAGACGCUCGUCUGUGGGGCGUGGAAAUUAACAAAACUUUAG